UUCAAACAUGGCGACGGUUGGCAAGCGGAUUUGAGCAACGGUAGACACCAAACAGAGAUUAGACGAUGGGUGAGGAGACCAGUAUGGUGGCGAGCUACUCCUUUCGAGGGGCGGAGUUCACGGUGACCAUGAACGUGACCGGAGGUGACCAUCUGGCCGUGGAGGUACAGGACAAACUGACAGCUGACCAGUGGGCAGGCACCUUCAGUAGUUCCUACCUAGAAGACCUCACACACAAGACAGGCAACUACAAGUCCUUCCCCAUCUUUGUCAACAUGUUGGAGUCUGCCCUCACACAGACCUGCGACAGUGUCACCCUUGACCUACUGACCUACACCGACCUUGAGACGCUGCGGGGUAAGAAGGGUUUCGCAGGAACCAAACCGUUGCCUGCGUCACACGUCGGUGUGCUUACCACAAAGCGAUAUCUAAUCCUUACAUACACAGUGGAGUUUGACAGGAUCCACUACCCUCUUCCACUACCUUACGUGGGCAAACCAGACCCUGCUGUCUUACAAGAAACCAUCCGUAGACUCACAGAAGAAGUCAGCAGGCUGACGACACAGGGAAACCAAGAUCAGAAGAGUACUGUCGAAUACAGGAAGCUGCGUAAGGCUUACAGCACCUUACUGAAGGAAAAAGAACAGGUCGAGCAGGAUUUUGUACAGUUCAGACGGGACCUGGACUCUGCCGCAAAGGGCAACCCCGCUAAGGAAAUCCGGGUCCUGAAGCAGGUUGUCAAGAAUCUGGAACAGGAACUGCUAAAGGAGAGAUCCCGACACCAGCGCUCAGCCAACAAGAAAUCUCAAGCUUAUAAAGAGCUGCAAGAAGAGUUGGAGGAGCUCCGAGCUACAGAGAGGAAUCUUAGAGUUAGAGUCAAGAGCCUGACCAAUGAGCUGGCGGUUUACAAGAGGGGGCAGCGAGACCAGUCUACCUCGCGGGACAGAAUACGCGACCGAUCGCUGUCCCGCGACCGUAGCGGACUCGCAGCACCCAACCGCUCGAGACUCCGAGAUCGACCGUCGUCCCGAGAAAGGUCGUUAUCCCGAGACCGUAACGGACCGGCUAUCCGGUCACGCUCUAAUUCCAGAGAGCGGAGCUACCGGUCGUACUCGGACAUCAAAACGCCAUCUCCGAUCGGGGGCAGACCCAGGUUUGACCCCACCGCGUACGUUAAGAGACAGAACCAAAAGAAACAACAGUCUGCAGAGAAGAGAAAACGAGAGACACGAUCCAUGGUGAGAACAGGAGGCACACCUGCAGAAAGAGGUCGAACCAGGUCCAGACAGCGGCCUCCUAUGAGGGAGAGAAAUCGUUCGACCUCAGUGGGCAGUACAGGUAGCGUGGGCCGGAACAGAAGUCGAAGGUCAUCGGCAGGGUCCAUUUCUGACGUAGGGGUGCUGUCAGACAACGAGGAACCUUCGAGGACCAGGUUGAGGGGAGUCCUGAAGAAGCGCAAACCGCCAAGCAGUUCUUCUUACCUGUGGACCACACCGGAGGGUCCUGAGAACCGUAAGAGACUGUCCAGUACCCCGGCCGCUAGUUCAGCUGGUAGGAAGAGGUCGGCAGGAGUUCGUAAGGUCAGCGGCGGUGGGGGCUAUCACGAUCGGUCAGCGGAGAUGGCGGAGAUCGACGCGCGACUGAGCGCUCUGCAACAGUACAUGCAGAGUAGCCUGGCUACACAGGACUAUUAGGGCUGCAGUAGCCUGGCUACACAGGACUAUUAGGGCUGCAGUAGCCUGGCUACACAGGACUACCGGUAUUAGGGGAUACAGACAGGGGAUACAUACAGAGUAGCCUUACCCUGGAAUCCAUCCCUACAAGCUAUUUGCUGGUUAUACAUGUAGUUAGCAAAUGUAUGAUUCAAGGCUAGAGUAGCCUGGCUACACAGGGCUAUUAGGGCUGCAGUACAUGUAGAUCUAGAGUAUCCUGGCUACACAGAACUUUCAAGGCUGAAACUUAGUAACCUGACUAUUGAGCGCAAAUUGCCAGACUGAAAUGUACUUCUAGACUGAGUUCAUAUGUGAGUGAGUUAUACUGAAAAUACUGUAACUUGCAUCUUAGAGCCAGCUUAUCAUUUUAUUUUAUUUUGUAUUGUGUGUACUGCUGCUGAGGAAAAGAUUCAUAAUAUUGUCGUAUUGUUGUCUGCAGACAAUCUUAUCUUGAUGUGAAUGUCUGGAUCAAAAGUUACAAUCUUUAACUGCCAACUAUAUGGAACAAUCCACUGUGUAAGUAAUGAGCAUGAUGGUUUUAUGUAUAAUCAAAAAGUCAUGUACCCUCAGGCAGCUUUAAAUAUUUUAUG